CGGUCGGCUUAGAGCUGUGUGACGCAGGUGUUAAUUUAAAACUCCAAAAAUUCACAAGCUUGUUUGCUCUUUGAUUGACAUAGCAUACUGCCAAAGCUUAUUUUCAAAGUUUUCUGAGGUGAACCAUAAAGACACCGAGUCGCACAGUGUGAAACAUCGCAGGGGAACGCUACUGUUGCCCGGCCAACCUCACACAAACAUGAGAGUGGGGGAGUGUCUGAUCAUCCGCAGGUGUAACGCUCACAUUAAACACUUUAAACCUGCUCUAGCUGCUGUGGUUUGCUUUGAACAUGUUUCCAUUAGUCUGCAACGUAAACUGUGUGUGACCCCGCCGACACAACGCCCAUAGAAGAAGAUAAUUUGACACUGCAGGUCCACUCACUGCUCAAAGACAGAUAUUCUGAAGACCUGCUUGAGGGAUCCACUCCAGUGUGGCAACUGACUGUGAAGCCCGGGAUUCUGUGUCUUGCGAAGUAUUUUGUGAACUCAUUUGGAGGAGCACUACAUAUUGCAUAUUACUGAAAAUAGAACGAGAGGAGACAAAGACAAAUAGAGUGGAAGAAAGGGAAGUGCAGUAACCCGAGUGGAGACCUCGAGCAGACGGCUUAUGGUGGGAGCUAUUAUCUCAGGGACGUGCUUUCAGUCUGAGGAUGGAACAGGGGGAAUUUGUCCUUGACCAGGGGAUUGCCAGGAGCUGGAGAGAAACCUCUUUUUUUCUGAAAUGAGAAAUGUUUUAUAUCCGUACAUUUAAAUGCACAUUCUGAGACUCUGUAGAAGAAAAGCAAAUACAACCAUGGCUGGUGAAUUCGAAGACUGACACAAGAAGCGGCUCAGCUCACGGCCUACAGAUGAAGUGGGACCCCAACGCAUGUCUGAUGCAAGAUACAUAUACAGAGCAUACCCACAUGGCGGAGUUCUUGCUUCUACCUUGACGCAAAAAAUGGACUCAGUUACUUUUAAUCUUAGGAUGCAUUAAAAAGAUUUCCUGUGAUCUUCAGGGCUAUCUAAUGGUUGCCUUGGUAACGAGAAAGUCAUCAGUCUGACCCACUGUGGAGAAAUGUCUAACAUUAAGAUGCAAGCACCUGUUGGAAGGGGAUGUGUGAAAGACUGGUUUUCAAAAACUACAUCAAUCUACCGCAGACAACGAGUCUCUGUCAGUGUGUCUUUCCUCCUCAUCCCUAUCUUCCUACUCCUCUUCUUCCUGGUUACACCUGCUCAGUCCAUUCAUCUGGAGCCCAUAGAGAGCCACAGUGAGUUUAGCUGUGAGCCCAUCAGACUGAGAAUGUGUCAGGAUCUGCCUUACAACACCACCUUCAUGCCCAAUCUACUGAAUCACUACGACCAGCAAACCGCUGCACUAGCCAUGGAGCCUUUCCAUCCCAUGGUAAACCUGGUGUGCAGCGCUGACCUGAGGAUGUUCCUGUGUGCCCUGUAUGCUCCAGUGUGCACUGUGUAUGGACAGGUGUCCAUGCCGUGUCGAUCCCUCUGCCAGCGGGCCAAGGAUGAGUGCCACAAACUCAUGGAGAUAUUUGGAGUAGCCUGGCCAGAUGAUAUGGAGUGUAGCAGGUUCCCAGACUGUGAUGAGCCCUAUCCUCGUCCGGAGGAUCUGCUGACAAGCUCUGACCCCACUGACAAGUCAUCCAUGAUUGUCCAGAGAGACUAUGGUUUCUGGUGUCCCAGAGAGCUCAAGGUCGACCCAGACCUGGGUUACACCUUCAUGGGGAGAAAGGACUGUUCUGCCCCAUGCCCUUCAAUGUUCUUCAACAAACAGGAGCUUACCUUCAUCCGCUACUUCAUAGGAGUUGUUUCCAUUGUGUGUCUGUCUGCAACACUCUUCACUUUCCUGACGUUUCUCAUUGAUGUCACCAGGUUUCGAUACCCAGAGCGGCCAAUAAUCUUCUAUGCUGUGUGUUAUGUCAUGGUGUCACUGGUUUUCUUUCUGGGGUUCCUGCUGGAAGACAGGGUGGCAUGCAACGCAGUCAGCCCUUCACAGUUCAGAGCUUCAACCAUAACACAGGGCUCCCACAACAAGGUGUGCACCCUGUUCUUCAUGGUCCUGUAUUUCUUCACCAUGGCUGGCAGUGUGUGGUGGGCCAUACUAACAAUCACUUGGUUCCUGGCCGCUGUGCCUAAAUGGGGCAGUGAGGCCAUUGAGAAGAAAGCUCUCCUCUUCCAUGCUGUUGCCUGGGGGCUCCCAGGGGCCCUGACUGUCACCCUGUUGGCCCUGAACAAAAUUGAAGGAGAUGGGAUCAGUGGAGUGUGUUUCAUAGGGCUGUAUGACAUAGACACCCUGAGGUGGUUUGUUCUGGCACCGCUCUGCCUCAAUGUGGCGGUCGGUGUCUCUCUCCUGUUGGUGGGCAUUGUGGCUCUGAACCGAGUACGUAUGGAGAUCCCGCUGGAGAAGGAGAACCAGACCAAACUAGUCAAGUUCAUGAUCCGGAUGGGAGUGUUUUCGGUGCUCUACCUGGUCCCCUUGCUGACUGUGAUUGGGUGCUACCUGUACGAACACGCGUACCGGAGCAUUUGGGAGACAACAUGGAUGGAGGAAAACUGCAGGCAGUAUCACAUCCCUUGCCCAUACAAGGUGGAGCAGACCAGCCGGCCAGCCCUGGUUUUGUUCUUAAUGAAAUAUCUGAUGAUGUUGGUGGUGGGGAUCCCUUCUGUUUUCUGGGUGGGCAGCAAGAAGACCUGUUUUGAAUGGGCCAGCUUCCUGCAUGGACGCAGACGCAAAGACAGUGGGGUGAAUGAGUCUCGUCAGGUGCUGCAGGAGCAGCCAGACUUUGCCCAGUCUCUGUUGCGUGAACCCAACACUCCCAUCAUUAGGAAAUCCAGAGGAACAUCCACUCAGGGCACCUCUACCCACGCCUCUUCUACCCACUUGGCUGUCUUGGAUGACCUUGACGAACCAGUCAGAACUCACCAUGGCCACCCCGCCUCCACCAGGAGUAAGGCCAGCAGCGUUCACAGUAAGGCCAGCUACCACGGCAGCCUGCGCCGCACUCGUGACAACAGGAGUGAUACUGUGGUUUACCGAGGUACAGAGGAGCGCAGUUUCCAUGGCAGCAUGCCGCGUCUUGACCACCCACUCUCCACUCAUAGCAGUCUCCAUCAGAUAGAUGGCCACUCGAGGCACGGCAGCCAGCGUGAUGUAUCCGAGGCCUCGCCCACCCUCAUCACCCACGGGACAACAGCUAGCCACAGCCAAGCUGCUGAGAAUGAAGGCACCAGCGCCUGAAAACAGCCGCAAGUUUCAGGAAAUUAUUGUGAGGAUGCUGUUGAUGCCUUUUGGAGGAAGAUUUGCACCCAGCAGACAUACACCCGUCUUUUUAGUGUGUAAGAUAUUUCCUCUGAAAGAUGGAAAAUGUAUCGGUAAGUGCUGUGGUGGUGAUUUUGCAUUCGCUUCUUGUGUGGCUAAAGGCUAACACAAGUUCAGGCAGUGAACAUAACUGACCUUUCACAGAUUCAGUUAAGUUUCACUGUAAGUUGGACAGGUUCGUUUACUUUAUUACUUUAUCUGGAUUGACGGGCAGAUGACUCCUUAAUGCUUGACUCAAACAGGCUCUGCCAACAAGAAUAAAUCCACCUCCUCGGACAUGCGAGGACACCAGUGAUGAUGACGUUAUUCAGGGAUCAUUUUGGUUGCUCCCAGGUAAACCAGAGCAACACUCCGUAGAAAACAGCGAAAAAAUUAAAAAGGAACUGAAUUGUUUCUAAAGAUCCUGGGUUUGAAGGUUGGACACCAGUUGUUCCUGAGAGUAGCGUGACCAGUCUUAAGGUGGAAUGAUUUCCAAAUCCUGACCUUUCACCAUCUACAUUCUUAUUAUUAAAUAUGUGAACACUGCCGAGUAUUGCUUUUGUAACAAUUUUAAACAGUGUAUCUCAAAGAUUUUUACUUCGGUCACAGUCUUGACUGAGACUCUUUCUUUGUUCUGGAAUGCAGCUCUUAAUGAAUGAUAUUUAUCUCUGUGUGGCUUCAGAGGCUGACAAAUAUGGGCUUAACGUGAAAUGGUGGACCUUUCUGUGGUUUAGUGAAAUAUUUUUAUACUGUGAAAACUGUCUUGUCUGCUGCUGAAAGUGUGUGUGUGUGUGUGUGGGAGGGAGAGAGAGAGAGGGACACAAGUGGUCGUAUAUGUUUUAAAGUUCAGUGCUACCCUCCAGUGGUGAACACAGAAAGCAUGAUGGAGAGAGCUGAGAGAUGGGGAACUUGUGUAACCCAGAAUGUAAAAUGGAUGUUUCAGAGUCAGAAAAAUGGACGCAUUAUUACAGAGGUGGUCGGGUGAAAUGAGCUGAAGUAAAUGUGCGCACACAUUAUUCCAGCUCAGACUGCUUUUUGCCCUCUCCCACCUGUUUUAGCACUGACUUUUUUUCUUUACAUAGAGGCAUUUGCCUGACAGAUAGAAAAGGCAGCUCUAGAAACACUAUGACAGUUUAUUCAGACAAGUACAUGUUUUUUUUUUCAGUUGUCAGCCAACCAGUCUGUGUCAGAGCAUCCUACAAAAAAUGGGAUACUGAUAAGUUAUCUGAUAACAAGACUCGUCUGAUAACCCAGAUCACUGCAUCCAAGCCUCGUGUCUGCAUAGACUGGAGUGCAAUUUAACCACCACUAAUCACUGAGGAUUUUUUUUUUUUCUUUUGUUGCUUUUUUGCCCAGACCACUGCGCUUGAUAUGUACUUCCACUGCUAAUGUACAUGCUCUUUGCUCAUGCUUGUUUGUUGCUUGCCCAAAGCAGUGCAGACAUUUGACAGUGAAACUGUAGAGAAAAACAUGUGUGCUAAUGUUGCUACAUUUUCUGUGACAUUACGUUAAGUCAAUGUUACAGGAAAUGUAUAUUGGAAAUGAUUUUCUAUAGUUUGUUUUGUUCCAAUCCCUGAACACCCAAUUAACCUACCUCACCUGUACCCUCAGCCUUCUCUGGACAUGCACACGCACACAAUCAUUAUUAUCAUUAUUGUUGUUAUUAUUAUUACAAUCAUAGUCAAACUCAACACAAAAAAAUCAUUUCAGUUAAAGUAUUGGUGCUUAUUUCCAAAGAAUCUGAACUUCUGUAACAUCAAACAGACUAUUUGACUCAUGGGCAUUGCCUUGUAACACACACACACACACGCAAACACGUACAUGCACAUCAGUAGGAUAUCUGUAGCUAGCUGUCCGUCCUUCCUACAGUUGGCUUUGUGUUUUUCCAGUCUACCUCUUCAGUUCAGAUGCACCCAGCUGACUCGUUUCACUGCUGCCUCUCCUCCCAGCUGUCUCUUUAUGUUUCCAGUUUCUUAUGACCAACUCCCAGUUGUCAACUUGUCUGACUGCAUAUAUGUUGUACAUAGUUUUUCCAACCUGAUGACUAAUCUGCCUCACAUCUGCCUUCUGCCUCUCCUCCUGUAAAUGUGCCCACAAUGAUCUUUUUUUUGGACCUACAGCAACUGUCUGUACAAUCCGUAACCGCUUACAAACAUUAACCGUUGUGCUUUUACCUCUGAGAGAUGCUGUGGUGAAUACAUCAUCGAUCUCUUCUUUUCAGCUAUGAAAUAUCUCGUUCUUUUCGCUUCACCUAAGUCUGUCCUAAUUACUAUUAGCCAUCAACAGCGAGGCGUGAGGAAGACUUCUGACGUCUCCCUGUGGACAGCCUCACAGUGAGCUGCAGUAGCUUGACAAUAUGACACAUUAUCAGUGAUGGUUCAAAAACAUGAUACUAUUGUGAAUUCUGAAACUUGAGUUGUAUUUGCCUUUUUAAUUUAUUUACAGUUUGGGACUGUAAUGACUUCUUUUACAUGCAGUCUUAAUAAACCUUUUAUAGAC